AUGGACUUCGCCUUGUAUUUGAGGGAGAUCCUUUUUCAUGACAGCGUCAAUGGCCACCCCCAAAUCGUCAAGCUCCUGGCCGUCACCUUUUCAGGGUGGAUUGUGAUGGAAAAGGCGGACUGCAACCUGAGCACACUAUGCUUUGCUGGUGAGGGGCUUUCCUGGAGGUCCAAGGCCAGGCUGCUCUGCCAGGCGAGCACGGCCCUGGCAUACUUGCACUCAAAGUCUCGGGUGCAUAAGAACGUCAAGCUGCAGAACUUUCUUGUGUCAGGCACUGACCCAGAAACCUGCCAAUUAAAGAUCAGUGAUUUUCUGCUCACAGUUGAGCAGACAGCAUCCAGGAGCGAGAGGGUGAGGAUCGGUGACAGUGGGCUGUCCUACACCGCCCCCGAGUUCUACGACGGGAACAGCACUAGCUUCAUGUCAGAUGUGUACGGAUUUGGAGUGCUGUGCCAUGAGGUUAUCAGUGGGCAGAAGUCUUAUGAUGGGGAGGGAGCCGACCAUUUUGCAAUCAUGACAAAGAAGCUCGAUGGGGAGCCACCGUGCCAGGUGAAGGGCAGGGAUUGUCCCUCAGCAGCUAUGGAGCUCAUGAGGAGGUGUUGCACUUCUGAACCAGAGAUCAGGCCAACGAUGGAGCAAGUCAAGAACGCACUGAUGCAGCUGCCUGAACAAUGGGUAUUUGGUGAGCAGGAACAAUCAAGGGGCCAAGAUGCAUUGUACAACGUGAAGAUCAUGUGCUUCUUGGAUGCGCAGCUGGAGAAGCUGAAGGGCUUCGAGGCGCCUGCCACCCCGCAGCAGGCUGACUUUGAGGAGGAGCUGGGGAAGGGCAAGCACCUGUUGGAAAAGCAUGCUAACCAUUUUGACAUCGGCGACUUCUGCAGGACCCGCGACGCCUGCCAUGCUGUGCAGGAGAUCUGCGGGCACCUGAAGGACACAUUGCAGUUGUGGGAUUUGCAGGAAGAGGUCAACUUGCAAGAUCAGAUACCGACGGAAGAUGUGGAAGAGGACCAGGAACUCCUGCACAAGCUUCUGAACUUUGUGCUAAAGGAUGUGCCUUGCAGCAUUGAGGAGACAUUGAUGAAGCACUGGAAGGAAAUCAAGGCUCGCCAUGUGGAGAGCAUGAAGCACGUCAAGGUCAUCGGUGAAGGUGAGCUCCAGAUGGGACAGCUGCUAGGUGAAGGCAGCCGGGGCACAGUAUAUUCAGCGGUGUGGCGGUCGAUCGAUGUCGUAGUGAAGAAGCCAGUCUGGAGGGGCUCAAUGGUGGGGCAGGGUGAACUUCCCAUAGAAGACUUCGCUGAGUUUUCCAAGGAGGUCAUCUCUCAUGCCAGCAUGAAUGACCAUCCACAAAUUGUCAAGCUCCUAGCCGCCACCACCUCUGGGAGAAUGGUGCUGGAAAAGGCGAAGUGUGACCUGCACAUGCUGUGCUUUGCUGACGAGGGGCUACCCUGGAGGUCCAAGGUCAGGCUGCUCCGCCAGGGGAGCACGGCCCUGGCGUACUUGCACUCCAAGGGUCAGGUGCACCGGGACAUAAAGCUGCAGAACUUCCUCAUGUUCGACACUGACCCCGGGACUUGCCUUCUCAAGAUCAGCGACUUUGGACAGGACAUUAUGGAGAUAGUAUCCACGGUCACCAAGACAGUGAGGAUCAGUGAUGGCACACUGCAGUACGCUGCCCCCGAGGUCUACAAAGGCAAACCCACCAGUGCAAAGUCAGACGUGUACGGAUUUGGAGUGCUGUGCUAUGAGAUGGUCAGCGGGCAGAAGUCCUACGGUGGGGAGCGAGCCAACCGGUAUGUGAUCAUGAAGAGCAAGUUGAAUGGAAAGCCACCAUGCCAGGUGCAGGACAGGGACUGUCCCCCGGCAGUGCUGGAGCUCAUGAGGUUGUGCUGCGCCAUUGACCCAGCGGACAGACCGACGAUGGAGGAGGUCAAGAACAAACUGAUGCAUCUGCCUGGGGAGUGGGUGUUUGAGGAGCCCAUUGCCAGCGAGGUUCAGCACGGGGAGCUGCCACAGGCCAGUGUACUGAUGUACAACCAGGGCAUGAUGGGUUUUCUGGAGGAGCAGCUGAUAAAGGCCAGGGCCAUACAGAAGCCAGCUGACAAAUCUGCAGUUCAAUUGAACAAGUAUGACCAUGAGGUCAAGAAGGGUGAAAGGCUGUUGAAAAAGCACCAGCGCUUUGAUAUCAAGGGCUUCUACAGGAUCGAUGAUGCUCGGCGAGCUGUGGAAGCUAUCUGCAGUGUGCUCCUGCUUUGCCUUGAAGAGUGGGGCAUGCAAAGGUCUGGGACUGGCAUGGAUCUGAAGUCGCGAAUACCUCAAGAGCUGGUCGAUGGGGAUAAGCAGCACAUGUACAUGCUCCUUGCCUAUGUGCUCAAGGGUCAGACGCUGACCUCAGAGCUGAGGCAGGAUUGGGAAGUGGUGAAGGCUGACCAUGAGGAGGCGCUGAGGGGGCUGAAGGUGAUCAGCGACGAGGAACUCCAGAUCGGGGAGAAGAUCGGCGAGGGCGGCUAUGGCAGUGUGUACAAGGCCGAGUGGAAGAGCAAGACAGUGGCUGUCAAGGACGUCGUGCCAUUCCACCACUAUCUCAGCCUCGAGGACUUUGCUGCCUUCUUCAAGGAGGCCUCCAUCCAAGCAUUGCUCACCUUCCACCACGUCACCCCGCUCUACGCCAUCACCAAGUCCGGCAGGAUGGUCAUGGAGCUGGCCAGCUGCGACCUGGCCUCCUUGAGCCGGCGGGAGCAGCUUCCAUGGCCCGCAAAGCGCCGCACCCUGCACCAGGCAGCCCUGGGUCUAAAGCACCUGCACUCGCGCUCCCCCCCGCUUAUCCACCGAGACGUUAAAAGCUCAAAUUUCCUGAUUUUCGGGAACGAUCCAGACACGUGGACUGUGAAGGUCUCGGACUUUGGCCUGACGGGGGAGUGCACCAAGAGUGUAAGCAAGACGGUGCGCGGCGGAGGGGGCACGCUGGAGUGGAUGGCCCCUGAGGUGUUCCUCAGGAAGCCGCUGACGCUCGCAUCGGAUGUCUUCAGCAUGGGGGUGAUGAUGUACGAGGUCGUCACUGGGCAGCACCCAUAUGGGGUGAAGAGCUUGGACGCCAAAGUGCGGGAGGCGGUGGUGACUCACGAGAAGUCGUCAGAAAAUGAACCUGCGAAGGUGCAGCAAGGGCAGUGCCCACAGGAGAUGCUGGACCUGAUGCGGAGGUGCAUCUCGUUUGAUGCAAAAGCCAGGCCCACCAUCGACGAGAUAUGCGAAGCACUGGCGACCAUGGGCUGUUAG